AUGCCUUCUGUUUCUUAUGAACACGGCAAGAGAAGAGAGAAGAGCUCGGCACGGACGGUGAUAAAAGGCAAGGCCGCAAGGUUUGGUCGAAAAAUGAGGUUCGACCAGCUCGAGCAUAUGGUCCAGGGCCGAGCCCUAGGGCUGUUGCAUCGGAAGGAAGGGGGAAAGGGAAAGGGGGUCGUUGGUGAUAAUCUUGGGGCUUCAACGGAGGAUGAUGGAGUGGAGGCUGAUCGGUUGGAGAAGAUCAGAAUAGGAAGACAGAAGGUCCUGCGAGGAUUGCUGAUGAGCAAUAAUAGUUGGAUUAACGAGCAGGUCGUGUCUACUUCGGCGACUAGUAAAACGCGUGACAUCUCCGCGCCUGAAAACCAAUUCGGUGAGGCCCGACAGAAUAUCAGUCCAUCGAAAGUCGUUGAGGCGAGGCAUGCGGUGAUUUCGGUUGAAUAUGGCGGAGCGACGGGGUUGAUGACCAGACCGUUGUUGGCGAGGGGGAAGGGCGUUGGGGAGGUGAUGUCGCCUGUCAGUGGGCGUUCGGUGGAGGUGUCGAAAUCGGGAGGGGAGGGGAAUCGGUAUGUGAAGUAUUGGCAGGGGGCAGUAGCAGGGGACACAGCUCUGCAUAUGUGUGUGAGGGUUCGAGAUCGUUUGUUGAUCGCGAUGUUGUUAUUGAUGGGCGCGGAUGUGGAGGCUAGAAAUGCUGAGGGAAUCACUCCUGAGAAGGCGAUGAGAUUCAACCCGGGAGGAGGAGUAGCAAUGAGGAUGGACCUGUUGGACCCUCGCAUCGGUGGCAGAGGGUAUUUGGAAGGGCUUUAUGGUAGAGUGGUGAAGCCAGGUGGUGCCCGUGUUGGCGAGGGAGAUGACAAGGCGGUGUUGGGUAACGACUAUUUUGGUAGAGUGGCCGCUGCUGAGGCACAGUUGAAGUCGGUGAUAGCUGAAGGGACGUUGUGGCAAGAGGAAGUGUUGAUGUCGAUACAACGGUUUAGUGCGUAUAGGAAGCCACCACAUGAUGGUGUACAGCUGGAGAUCGCUGGAGAUGUCAUAGCUUCCCUUUGUCGGCAGGGUGGAGCUCGUUCAGUGCGCAUCUUCUGGUGGGGAUUUGGGGAUGUGAUGAUCGUUGUGGUGAUGUGA